UUUCAAACAUCAUUUUUAGUUUCUUCUUCCUUCCAGCAUUCUCCUUCACACAUUCUUUUUAUCACAUGUUUUCUAACUCUCUGCCUCUUCAAUUUCACACACACAGUGCGUGAGGCACCCACAGAUAUCUAAGCCCUCUUCUUCUUGCCUUCCGUUUUUACUUUGUUUCCAUUGAUGUUACACCUUCCCCUUCCUAUCUCUUUCUCUCUAAAUUUUCGUAUAUAUAUUGGGACUGUUUAACAUGGGAAAAAUAAUCAAUUUCUGAAGCAAACCAAUCAUCAAAACCACACGCUCUCGAGGGUUUUGGGGAAGAUAGCGAUAAUUCCUUGCAAACUCAUCGUGCGUGUCUCGUGAAAUGGCUGAUGUUGUAAAAUUAUCUUGCAAUUCUCAACGAUUUUCUUAUUCAUUGUUGACUUCUCUCUCUUCCUCUUUGAAUUCUUGUCCCCGGCCUCUUCCCCGCUAUCAAGGAGGCCAGCAGAAAAGUGCAGUUUCUGUUUCUGAUUUCUGUUCCAUUGGUGGUGGCGCCCCGAUUGCCUUCCGACCCCGCAAGCAAUUUGGGAAAUUCAAGGUAAGUGCAACUGUUACUGAAACUGAGCAGCCCAAGUGGUGGGAAAGAAGUGCUGGCCCGAACAUGAUUGAUAUUCACUCCACACAAGAAUUUUUGAGUGCCUUGAGUGAGGCUGGAGAAAGGCUGGUUAUAGUUGAGUUCUAUGGUACAUGGUGUGCUUCUUGUAAAGCAUUAUUUCCCAAGCUUUGCAGAACGGCACAGGAGCAUCCUGAGAUAUUGUUCUUGAAAGUCAAUUUUGAUGAGAACAAGCCCAUGUGCAAGAGUUUGAAUGUCAAGGUUCUUCCAUAUUUCCACUUCUACCGUGGAGCAGAUGGGCAGCUCGAGUCCUUCUCAUGUUCUCUUGCAAAAUUUCAGAAGAUUAAAGAUGCCAUCGCACUACAUAACACAGAUCGUUGCAGCAUUGGUCCUCCUAGAGGUAUUGGAGAGCUAAACCUUGAAGGCCCAACUUCUUCGAAAGAGAAGCUAGCAGAGUCAUCUGCAACAUAGUUCUUCAAUUUACAAAGGAAUUGUUUUAUAGCAGUAUUGCAUUUGUAUCCUAUGUUACUAUAGUAGAUAAUUUUAUGUAUUGUCUAUAAUAGCAAUAUUUUUAAUUUUACUGAAGCAAAACUGGAAAAUGUAAACGUUCCUUUGCUCAUUGUUUAGAGUUGUGCCAAAGUUUUCCAAUCAUUUCUGAGAAAUCAA